AUUCAUAUAAUUAUUCUUUCAUUUGCUACAACUAAAUUCAUAAAUGAGUAUAAAAGAUAUUUUUUAUGUCUACGAAUGUGACUAUAGUAAGACAGUAUGCCCAGUAAUAAUAAUAAUGAGCAUAAAUCUUGUUACCGAUUCAAAUGGAUAAGUCAGGUCUCUGCAUUACGAACAGAAUUAAUGCAUAUCAAUAUAUGUAAUUGAAGCUUGUAAUAUUGGCGUCUCUGGUAUAGCUGCGUUGCGGUCCACAAAAACGUUUCGAGCGUUUGGUUGACCGGUUUACGUGAUAUAGGUUAUGUUAGUAUAUUUAAGGAAGACUACCAUGCUUUUGUAUUUAUAAGUCAAUAUUUUCUCUUUUUGCUCAAAUCUUUUCUAUCGCUCGUAGACCUGAGAUCUUAUAAUUUCAUUUCGAUAGUCUGUGUAAUUCUUUGUAACGGAAAGAUUACAUAUUAUACAUAACCUCUGAAAAUGUCUGACGACGAGGAUUUGGUUUAUGUGAAGAAACAGAAAACUGUUCAUUAUGGCUCGCUGGAGGAAGCAGAACGUGCACGACUUGCAGCUGCCGUUGAAACUACAGACGAAGAAAAGGAUGUCACAAAUACGAACGAUGCUGCCAAUAAUACCGUCUCAUUGGGAAAUGUGCACAUUUCAAAUGAAUAUAUGGAAUUGGAGGAUGAAAUGUCCAAAGAUCGACAGGCACUCUUGGAGGAAUUUGAACGUAGAAAAAAGGCCAGACAAAUUAACGUUUCCACAGAUGAUUCCGAGGUAAAGAAACACUUGAGACAACUAGGUGAACCAAUUUGUCUGUUUGGAGAGGGCCCAGCCGAUAGAAGAACAAGAUUAAGAGAAUUAUUAGCCAGCGUCGGUGAAGAUGCUAUAAAAAAGAAGCACGAGGAGGAGGAAAAACCAUCUUACCCAAUUGAAAAGGAUACAGAGACAACCUGGUAUCAUGAAGGUCCAGAUAGCUUGCAAAUUGCACGUUCGUGGAUAGCAUCGUAUUCGUUACCCAGAGCAAAAGUACGGCUAGAAAAGGCAAGGCAGGAUUUACAAUUACCAGCUGCAGCUCGUACAGCAAAACGACAAGAACUUUUGAAGAAAUUACAAGCAUUAAGCAUUUACUGCUCGCAAAUCGGGGAUAGGAGACCCAUCUCGUUUUGUCAAUUUAGCCCUAAUUCAAAAAUCCUUGCUACAGCUUCAUGGUCAGGUUUAUGCAAACUAUGGUCUGUACCCGACUGUACUUUGUUGCGCACUUUACAAGGACACAAUUGUAAUGUUGGCUGUAUUGUUUUUCACCCAAAAGCUACAAUAACCGAAGAUGUGGUAGGCGAAAACGCGGGACAAACUUGUGUGCUAGCAUCUUGUGCAGCAGAUGGCAGUGUGAAACUAUGGAGUGGUGGCAAUAGCGAAGAACCAUUAGCAGAAGUGGAAGGACAUGAACCUCACAGGGUUUCGAGAAUAGCUUUUCAUCCAUCUGGACGAUUUCUCGGCACAUGUUGUUAUGAUGCGUCUUGGCGAUUAUGGGAUUUGGAGCAACAAGCAGAAGUACUUCAUCAAGAGGGUCAUGCUAGAGCAGUACAUUGUAUCAGUUUUCAAUGCGACGGCAGCGUUUGCGCUACAGGCGGUCACGACUCUUUUGGUAGAGUGUGGGAUUUGCGUACUGGUAGAUGCAUAAUGUUUAUGGAAGGUCAUUUAACGUCCAUUUUUGGCAUCGAUUUCUCGCCGAAUGGUUUCCAUGUUGCGACGGCGAGCGAGGAUAAUACCUGUAAGAUAUGGGACUUGCGAAAAAGAACUUGUAUAUACACGAUACCGGCACAUACCAAUUUGCUAUCUGAUGUCAAGUACCAGAGAAUAGAAGGACAAUACUUGGUUACCGCAUCUUAUGAUAAUACAGCCAAAAUUUGGUCCAACAAAACAUGGCAGCCUCUCAAGAUGCUACCAGGCCAUGAUGGAAAAGUCAUGUGCGCCGAUGUAUCACCUGAUCAUAAAUUUAUUGUAACUAGUUCGUAUGAUAGAACUUUUAAGCUAUGGGCCCCAGAAUGACAGAUUUGAAAAAAACAUUCCUUCUCAACGGACUGUGCUAGAGAUAAUAAAAUUUCUUUCUAGCAUUUACAAUUCAUAAAAUGUUACAUAAGCAUGUAAAUUAUUAAUGUAAAACGUUACAAAAAUAUCUGAUUUACUUGUCACACAUAUUGCAAAUUUAUAAAAUUACCAUAUUAAUUUUAUAUUGUAAUUAUAUAAUUUUAUCUAAAAAUCUAAAAAAAUAUACCUGAAAAUAAUGUCUUUUUAUUUAUAUUGAAAAUGUUUUUGUAUAUUUUUUGUUCUAAAUAUACACUACAUUCGGACCCAUAUUGGUUUAUGAUAUCAUAGAUGAAAAAUGACAAUAAAUUAAUUGUUACAUAC